AUGGGCAUUGACAGGAAGUCUAAGUUGUUUGUUCAUGCGAUUCGGGCUAUUAGUUCGAUGACUAGAGAGAAUUGGGAGUUGAAAUUGGGGCUCUUUAAGAGUUUGGGGUUUUUAGAAGAUGACAUUUUGUCGGUUUUUAGGAGGGCGCCUCUGGUGUUUUGUGUGUCAGGGAGGAAAAUUAAGGGGAUGACACAGUUUUUGUUUAGCACGGGCAAAUGUGAUAUCUCAUAUGUUGUUAAUAACCCAGUCAUACUUACUUGCAGUGUUGAGAAUAGGCUCAAACCACGGCUGAGAGUUCUGGAGGUUUUGGAAAGGAGGAAUUUGGUUCUAAAAAAGCCUAGUUUGAGGACUGUUUGCUCGAUGACUGAUGAGAAGUUCUUGCAUAAUUAUGUACUCCCUUAUUCAGAUGAAGUUGGUGAAUUAUUGACAGCAAGGCCUCAUUGA